AUGGCAUGGGACUGUGUGGAGCGGCGUGUGGCGUCGCUGUUCCGUCAGCUCGGAUUCAUCGUAUGCGACCAUCCAUUACCAUUUCUCGUGUUUCCUCUUCUGUUCACCGCUGCAAUGGGUGUCGGCUUACUUCAUCUAAAUCCACUGUCUGAUGCUGUUUAUCUUUUCACUCCCGUUGGGGCACAGAGUAAAAUGGAACGGAUGUCGAUUCAUGAGAAAUGGCCACUCACUGACAACAAUUACAUACCGGGACGAGCUGUAACGCAAAGCAGAGAAAUUCAAGUAACGGCCCUUGCUCGAAAUGAUUCUAAUAUUUUGGAAAGCAAAUUUGCGAACGCUGUUUAUCAGCUUGACAAAUAUAUUCAAACAAGAGUUCGUGUUCUUCACGACGGGCAUUACUACAGCUACAAGAAUCUGUGCCUACAGUAUAAAAAUGGCGGAUGCCCUUCUAACAAACAUGUGCAUAUUCUCUCCGACUUAUACAACCAUGGUUUCAACAUUACUUACCCAUAUUUUCGAUUUGGAUCUGAAGGUGGUUACAUUGGCAGCAGUUUGGGCGGUGUGACCGUCAUGAAAGGGGAAAAUGAGACGGAUAUUCUAGCAUCUGCGAAAGCAUGGUUCAUGAUCUAUCAUUUAAAGUUUCAUCCUGAAGAAAUGAGUUACAUAUCUGGAGAAUGGGAGCUCGAAUUAGGAAGGAUGCUAACGGAGUAUCCAGAAGAUCCUUAUAUUUCUAUCACCUACUUCCACUCACAAACACUAGCAGAUGAACUAAAAAGGAAUGCAGAUACAUUGGUUCCUCGUUUUGUUAUCUCCUUCGCACUUCUUAUCGUAUUUUCAACAAUAUGUUCACUGUGCUUCAUUGAUGGAUCAUUCUACAUUGACUGGGUUCUUUCUAAACCUAUUCUAUCCAUUCUUGGAGUUAUCAAUGCUGGAAUCGCCAUUUUGACAGGAAUUGGAUGUCUCUCACUGAUGGGAAUGCCCUACAAUGACAUUGUCGGAGUUAUGCCAUUCCUCGUCGUUGCUGUUGGAACUGAUAACAUGUUCUUAAUGGUGGCAGCUGUUCGAAGAACAUCAAGAACGCAUACAGUACACGAAAGAAUGGGAGAAUGUAUGGCUGAUGCUGCAGUUUCUAUCUUGAUUACUUCAAGCACUGAUGUUCUAUCAUUCGGGGUAGGAACGAUCACUACAAUUCCAGCAGUUCAAAUCUUUUGCGUUUACACGGGAGUUGCAAUUUUCUUUGCAUUUGUCUAUCAGAUCACUUUCUUUGCUGCUUGUUUGGCUCUAGCCAUGAAACAUGAAGCCGCUGGGCGCAACUCAUUCUUCCUCGUAGAAUCGGUUCCUAUUGAAAAGAAGAAAUCUCAGAGUACAUUGCAACGCAUAUUCAAUCUUGGAAGCGUACCUGAUCACUCCGCAUCGAAUGAUGUCAAACAACCAUUAACGGCUCGUUUCUUCGGCGAGUGGUAUGCUCCAGUUCUCAUGCAUCCUGUUGUUCGCUUAAUUGCAAUGGUUUGGUUUGUAAUCUAUCUACUUGGUGCAAGUUAUGGAUGUUCCCGAAUCAAAGAAGGAUUAGAACCGGUCAAUUUGCUUGUUGAAGACUCUUAUGCUAUUCCGCAUUAUCGGCUCCUGGAAAAAUACUUCUGGAAAUAUGGCCAGCAAGUUCAGAUCGUGAUCAACAAUGCUCCGGAUUUGAGAAAUCACACUUCUCGUGAUAGAGUCCACGCAAUGGUUCUUGAUUUUGCUACAAGUAAACAUGCUAUCGGAAUGGAAUCAGUACAAUUCUGGCUUUUCGAAAUGGAGAGAUAUUAUCAGAAGGAGCUACAAGUUCAAAUUAUAGACUCCUCAUUUUAUGGCCUACUCCAACAUUUCCUUGCUUCGAAAACAAACAAUCCACUGGCAGAAGAUAUAUACUGGGGUCCCAUGCCAGAUGACGAAAACGGAACGAUGGUACAAAGCUUCCGAUUCAUUGUAGGAAUGAAAGAUUUGGUGACAACGAUGGAUCAAACUGAUGCAACUAUGUCAUUCAGAGAAGUUGCUACACGAUGGCCCGAGUUCAAUGUAACAACAUUUAUGCCUAUUUGGAUGUUCACUGACCAGUACGUCAUCAUUAUUCCAAACACUGUUCAAAAUAUUAUCAUUGCUCUUUUCGUUAUGAUUGUCAUUGCUGUUCUCUUUAUUCCGCAACCGAUGUGUUCACUGUGGGUCGCACUUGCUUGUGCAUCUAUCGACUUCGGAGUUAUUGGAUACAUGACACUGUGGGGGGUAAAUUUGGAUGCUAUAUCGAUGAUUACAAUCAUCAUGUCUAUUGGAUUUUCCGUCGAUUAUUCAGCUCAUAUUGCCUACGGAUAUGUGGUUUCCACUAGAGAUACCGCAGCAGGAAGAGUGCAAGAAGCAUUAUCGGCUCUUGGGUGGCCUCUAUUUCAGGGAGGAAUGUCAACAAUUAUUGCAGUUUCUGUACUUGCUGAUAUUCCUGCCUAUAUGAUCGUAACAUUCUUUAAAACCGUUGUUCUCUCCAUUUCACUGGGACUUCUACAUGGAUUGGUUUUCUUACCAGUGCUUCUUUCGAUAUUCGUUCGUGGCUGCUGUAUUAUUCCUAGUACGCCCCAUGGACACCAUAGUGCACAGAAAAUCGAGAAGCAAAUGAAAGUUGCGACCAUCACAUCAACCCCAGUCCACUUGAAUACCGUCGCACCUCUUCGAGCAUCAUCUCCCAUCAGCUUCCCUCACCGAUUCGAAUACACUGAUGAAUCUCCUACGGUGCAUAACAGAUCCAAAACUUCUAUGAAAUCUGAACACCUAGACUAG